CCCAUCCAUUGACGCUCCAUCUGCCCUUCUCCAGCCGAAAACCCCUCAAUACCGCAAUCAUGGUUGCCAUGUACACCAUUGCCGGCCGCCAGGUCGGCUCGCACGUCGUACGUAGUCCCGAGCAGACCUCCGCGCAAAUCUUCCUUCGCAGCUCCGGAAAGCUUCCCGCGCGCUUAACUCCUCACUAUCGCGUUGGACGCAUCUGCAGAAAAAUUCUCAGACGAAGCGUUACCUUUCUAAGAUAGACGAAUGAAUGCUGACUUUUUCGGGUUUUGUAACAGCUCGCAAUGGCAACGCUCGGCACCACCUUCCUCGGCGCCUACCUCUCGAUGCGCGGCGGCUCGAAGUCGGAGACGCAAAGCCCGCCCAUCAACGCAAAGAGCAAGGAAGAGGAGAGCUUCGUAAAAGACUUCAUAAAGAAGGCCGAGGGCGACAAGAAGCAUUGAGCGGGGAGUGAAAAG